CAGGCACCGGCAUGCGCAAUUAAUCCGGUCGCUUGAGCUAUUUGGUUACCCAUUACUUACUCAAUAAAAGAACGGCGUUGUAAAGCAUUCUCAGGUCUCCUCUAUCGAUUGGUGAGCUCGCCAAAAGGUUUAGCCGAUUUACCAAUCUGCCCCACUUUAACCCCGCAUUUCAGCCCCACCAUUGCCGGAAUCUGACUGGUGGAUUAACAUGUCGGCUCUCCCAACCGUGGCUGGAGCUUUCCGUAGCGGAUUUAUGGCAAGUUCCCGUCUUUCGGCCCUGCCAUUGCUGGUUCUUCCUCGGCCUACAGUACAAGCAUGUUGUCAGCGAUUCCUCCUCAAAACCUCAGCGCCGUCGCAGAAAUUGAGCUCCCUUCCUUCCUCCUCCUUCUCCACUAGUUACCAGACGCCUAGCACUCAACACUACUCUCCCAAUUUCGACACUCUCUACAACACGAUGGAGCCCUUCACAUACACGCAGAACCCAUCACGGGUUAUCUUCGGCAGCGGCACACUCAAGCAGCUUCCUACGGAGCUCACCCGACAGAACCUCAGCAAGCCGCUGCUCCUGACGACGCCCGAGCAGGUGUCCCAGGGAGAGAUGGUCCAGUCGCUGCUGACCGACUUCACCGUGGCCGGUAUCUUCUCGCAGGCAACGAUGCACACACCCACCGAGGUCACCGACAAGGCCCUCGAGUACAUGAAGUCGACCGCCGCCGACUGCCUCAUCUCCAUCGGCGGAGGCUCCACCAUCGGCCUGGGCAAGGCCAUGAGCAUCCGCACCGGCCUCCCUCACAUCUGCAUUCCCACCACAUACGCCGGGUCCGAGAUGACACCGAUCCUCGGCGAGACCGCCGCCGGCGUCAAGAAGACCCGCAGCGACCCCAAGAUCCUCCCCGGCACCGUCGUGUACGACGUCGACCUGACGAUGACGCUCCCCGUCGGCAUGAGCAGCACAUCGGGCGUCAACGCGAUCGCGCACGCCGUCGAGGCGCUGUACGCAACCAACGCCAACCCCGUCACCUCGCUCCUCGCGCUCGAAGGCAUCCGGGCGCUCGCCAUCGCCCUCCCACAGAUCGUCGCGUCGCCGCAGUCCCCCGAGGCGCGCCAGCUGGCGCUCUACGGCGCAUGGCUGUGCGGCUCCUGUCUCGGCUCCGUCGGCAUGUCGCUGCACCACAAGCUCUGCCACACCCUCGGCGGAACCUUCAACCUCCCCCACGCACAGACACAUACCAUCGUGCUGCCACACGCCCUCGCUUACAACUUGCCCGGCCUGGCGCCGGAGGUGCAGAAGCGGCUCGGCGAUGCGUUCCCGGAGAGCAAUGGCGACCCCAUCCGCGGCCUGAAUGUGCUGCUGGAGAAGCUCGGUGUCGAGAAGGCGCUCAAGGCGUACGGCAUGAAGGAGGAGGAUGUUGAUAAGGCGGCGGACCUGGCCGUGGCAAACCCCUACGCCAACCCGAGAAAGGUGGAGAGAGACGGUGUCCGGGAGGUUAUUCGACGAGCGUGGGCGGGUGAGCCGGCGAAGCAGGACUUGUAAGGCUGAAGUAGUAGCAUUCUGUAAAGUAGUUUGUGGUUUCUGGUUCGGUUUGAACAAAAGAAAUGUAAAGGUUAUUCAAUGAUUGUGUUUUUAUAUCACCUCGCAAUGAAAACUUCCGUGAGCGAUAAUAGGUAGUCGAGAGGAG